AGAAAGCAAGAGCUGCAAUUUUUUUAUCACUUGAUGAGUUAUGGGAUAAAUCUGAUGAAAUGGGUUUAAAAGCUUCUAUCUUAGAUCCAUGCGCACUAAAAUUGCUUUCAUUUGCCACAGUUCAAGAGCGAGAAGAUACAGAAGCCCAAAUCUAUUCUUUAAGUGCAGAAUUAUGGGGGUCAUUUUCAAUAUCUGAUCAAGCCACUACUGAAGAUGAAUUUACGCGAUAUAUGAAAGAGCAGAUAGCUCAUAAAAAUCAGAAUCCUUUAAUAUG